GGCACUAUGCGCCUAUUUUAAACAUUUUGGAACUCCCAUUACCUUCUUAUCAAGACGUGCUUGUUAACAGGACAAACAGGAAGUGCGUAAGGUUUGGGAGAGUAGUUGAAAAGUAUUGUGGCUAAUGUAAAAAAUUACGUUUACGGUGCGUCGAGGAAUUGCCGAGUAAAUUUCAUUUGUUGUAACGAGGUGGUCUAUAUAAAUACAAGUCAACCAUUGCUCCUUUUAUAAUUACAGUCGGAUACAUGUAGCCAGCCAGAUUUUACGCGUCACAGAGACUACAAAGGCGUUGAUUGAUUGCGUGAUGAUGUGUGCAAUAGCUCUUUCUUCUUACUAGAUCAUUAUUUUAGGAUUGGUUUAGAGUGAUAGAGUAGCAUAGCACCUGGUUGCAACGUAUUCACGACGUGGAGUGACGAUGACAUUACAAGUGGGUUGCCUAUCAUUCAAGCAGCCGUAUGCAGGAUUAGUACUGGACGGUGUAAAAAGUAUUGAGACACGUUGGCGCCCUCUGCUAUCCACAAUGGAAAACUGCACUCUAGCUAUUCAUAUUGCGCAGAAGGACUGGGAGGCCGACCAGUGGAGAGACAUCCUCACCCAUACACUGGGAAUGAGCCACAUGCAAAUAGAGGAACUUCUAGCAUCCGGAGACAGAUUUGGCCGUGGAGUCGUAGCAGGCUUGGUGGAAGUCGGGGAGACCUGGUGCUGCUCUGACAAUGUGCCAGAGAAGGAUCUGAGGGAGCUGGAGAAGGCAGCAGUGCACACUGGGCUCACAGAGAAACACCUCACACAGCUGUCAAACCCACGCUGGCUCAAGGAACCCCUUUAUGCCAGAGGUCACAAAGACAUAUGGACAGUAGAUAUCCCAGUGCAAUUACUGCCAUCUGCGUAGUUGUAAUAAAAUAAUGUAUACUCAUUUUGUACUGACAGGAUCAUCUAUCAAGUUAGGGAGGCAAUAUAUUUGUAGACUACUCGCAUUCGCUUUAAGGUGCAAUAAAUGACCAAUGGACCAAA